CCCGGCUCGAGAAAAUGGGGUCGCCAGGAUCUCAGGGUUUCCUGGCUCCUGGAGGUGGUGCUGGUGAUGCCGAUGUUCGCUGUACCUCCAGGGGCUGGCGUGUCGCCCAGCCUCCUUUUCAAUGCUGACGGUCCUGCAGGGGCCCGACGUGGGCCUCAGGGCGCUGGGCUUGCAAUUCGGACAAGGCCACCAGGGACUUCCUGAGGCCACCAGGGGUUUCCCUCAGGCCACCAGGAUUCUUUCCGGACGCCUCACUCCUGAGGCCAUCAGGGUGCGCGUGCAGCUCCCGCCCGGCGCGGAGCCCCCCGCCGAGGAGGCGGCCGUGGCGCUGCAGUUGGCGCCCCUGCUGCUGCCGGGGCCCGAUGGGUCGCCGCCCGAGGCCUCCGCGGAGCUGGGGGCGGCGGCGAAGCGCCUGGGGCUGGCCUCGCUGCGAGUGGGCGUCACCUGCUCCGGGACCACGCUCUCUGAGGAGAUCGCCGCGCACCUGAAUCCGAUGCUCCUCACCCUGGAGAGCGCGAGCAAGCUGCCCUGCGAUGACCCCGCCGCUGCUGGGGCGCGCGACAGGGUCUACGCCACCGUCGAGGCCUUCGGCCAGCAGCUGCGGACGGGGCCGUGCGAGCUGGGGGACGCAGGCAAGGCAGAGUUCGGGCACCAGAGGGUGUUCUUCGUGGGGACGUGGCCCGCCAGGGAGUUCCAGGCCUUCCUCAGAGCGAACGCGCUGAAGGUCGCCGUGCACGACCGCGACACUGCAGCGCCGCCCUCGCAGCAGGCGGAGAAGUCCGAGCCGCUUCCGCCGGAGCCGGCCCAGCCGGCCAAGGCUGCCCAGAAGCGGCCCUCCGGUGUUGGCAAGGUCCCCGCCGGCGCGGGGAAGCCCCCCUCGCGGCCGCAGAGCACGACACCCGAUGUCCUCGUCGGUGAGCAGGGUGGCGAGGCCGCGGCCCAGGCAGCGGCGGCAGAUGAGAGGGCGCGCGACAAGGAGGCGCAGGCGACCGGCAUCUACGGGCUGGCCUCGAUCGCCCUCGGCCCGCUCCUCGGUGAGCUGUCGGACAUGCCGUUGCAGCCAGGCGUCGUUAAAUUCGAGUUCGCCAUGGGCGCGCACGGUCUCGUUUGGACCCAGGGAACUACCAUUGUGGAACGCGUGUCGUGCCAGGCCCGAUUCUUAGGCGUGCGGCCAGGCUGGAGCAUCAGCAUGGUCAAAGGCAUGCCUAUCACUGACAGCGUCACGUGCUGGCAUGAGUUGCAGAAGUGCAAGAAAUCUGGCCUUAGGUACAGUGUUUAUUUUCUCAAAGACGAGGCUUCAAUCCGAGAGGAUUUGACGAAAGCGGAAGCCGAGCGCCAGAAGAGGGCGACGAAGGCUCCAGAGGAGAGGCGUCUCAACGAGGCAGCCGAGCGCCAGAAGAGGGCGACGAAGGCCGCAGAGGAGAGGCGUCUCAACGAGGCGGCCGAGAGGCUGGAGCAGCAGGCCAGGGCCACCGCGGCGGCGGAGCGACAGAAGCAGGCGAGAAAGAGCUUGGAGAUGCCGCGCAAGGACUUCGAGGCGGAGAUCAAAGAGGCGAGGGCGUUGGCAGGAAGGAAAAGAGCGGAGGCCAGAGAGCGCGCGCAGCAGUCAGACGAUUUCGCGCUCGAUGAGCUGACGAGGCUGAUGACGCAGGUCACGGCGAACGAGACCCAGAAUGCGUUGAUCCUGGACGCUGCGGGCAAGAUCACGGGCGCCGGGUCGACCGCCAAGUCCCGAGCCGCGCGGAUAUCGGCGGAGAUCCAAGAGAAGCAGGUCAAAUGGUUCAUGACUCUUGUUCAACAGCUAUACGCGCAGAAGCCCGGUACGAUCCUGGACGAGCUACUCGACAACCAGAAGGAGACUGAUCCCGCGGGCUUCGCGACGCCCUUGCAGAUCCAGCUCCUCGCAGAGGUGUGCACGGUGCUGCGCGACAAAUACUCUGCGAGGCCACUGAAUGAGGACUUGCAGGACGAAAUGCUGGCCAUCGCCACUUGGGUUCUGUAUGCCAUGCAGGACGUCGACAUCGACAGGUUGUUUUGCUUUGAAGACGCCCCGGAACUGCCAGAGGGCCUGGGAGAGCCCGCCCUGCGCGACGAGUUCUACAGCAGGUACAGGCAGAAUGUGGGCGGAAAGCGAAAUCCACAAAUGUUCCAGGUGGCGAACUGGGCCCCCCGCGUCUGCUUUGACAGCGCUGGCGACCAGCAGGACGCCCUGGACGGCCUGAGAGCGUGGAUCCGGUGGGCGCGUUUCUUGCGACUCUCGGCGAAGACGCUCGAGAAGCCCAUGGUUGUAACGCGCGGCCUGUGCGGCCUGCCCAGCUCCUUAGUCGAUGGCUUCAGGGCCAAGGCCGCUGGCGACCGUUUCUUCUGGGCGGCGCCCUCCAGCACGACAGUCGACGCCUCGAUCUCCGAGGCGCACUGCAACCAGCAGGCGCCCAAGAAAAACACCGUGCUCUUCGCCAUAUCCGGCGUCACCCGCGCCUUCCCGACGAUGGAGCUGAGCGCGUAUCCCGGGGAGCGCGAGUGGCUUCUACCUCCCUUCACCGCGCUGGUUGUGGAGCGCGUGGUGGACGGAGCCCCGCUGCAGUUGCACUUCAAUGAGGUGCGGGCCGACUUUGAGGCCGCCUCAAGGCGGCUGAGCAUGUGGCACGCGGAGUCGCAGCGGAGAUGCGCGAAGACCUGGCCAAUUUGA